CAAAGAGAAAAAAAGAAAAAGAUGAGGAUCGUAUUAUUUUUAUUCGUCUUAUUUCACAAAGGUUUCUCCGUGUAUAAUUCAAGAAUCUCAUCGUCAGCUGCCUUCGAUAUAUCUAUCCAAAACAAGAUCUCGUCCCCAAAGAGUAUUCUUGAGCUUGGUUUUUUCAAACCGGCCCCAAGUUCCAGUGUUGGUGACCGAUGGUACCUUGGCAUGUGGUACCGAAAGCUGCCUAAUGAAGUUGUUUGGGUUGCCAACAGAGACAAUCCACUCUCCAAGCCUAUCGGAACACUCAAAAUCUUCAAUAAUAACCUCCACCUCUUUGAUCAUACUAGUAACUCUGUUUGGUCAACCCAAGUGACUGGCCAAAGUCUGAAGUCGGACCUGACCGCCGAGCUUCUUGACAACGGCAACUUGGUAUUGCGAUACUCCAAUGAAAACGAGACAAGUGGAUUUCUAUGGCAAAGUUUCGACUUUCCGACGGAUACAUUACUCCCUAAUAUGAAAGUGGGUUGGGAUAAGAAUUCUGGUCUAAAUAGGAUAUUACAAUCAUGGAAAGGCAUUAAUGAUCCUUCAACUGGCGAUUACACUUACAAAGUAGAAAUCCGUGAGCCUCCUGAGAGCUACAUACGGAAAAAAGGCAAACCAACAGUGCGGAGUGGUCCUUGGAAUAGUAUGAGUGACGCAGACACACAUGGAAAAUUGAGGUACGGAACGUACGAUCUUACGGUGAGGGAUGAGGAAAUCAGCUAUUCAUUUACUAUAAGUAAUGAUAGCUUUUUCUCAAUAUUGAGAUUGGACCAUAACGGAGUAUUGAACCGGUCCACAUGGAUCCCAACUUCAGGGGAAUUGAAGUGGAUAGGUUAUCUAUUACCAGAUGAUCCGUGCUAUGAGUACAACAAGUGUGGUCCUAAUGGUCUCUGUGACAUAAACACCUCCCCAAUUUGUAACUGCAUCAAAGGGUUUCAGGCGAAACACCAAGAAGCAUGGGAGCUAAGAGAUACAGAAGAAGGGUGUGUGCGGAAGACACAGUCGAAGUGCAAUGGUGAUCAAUUCUUGAAGUUGCAGACCAUGAAGCUGCCAGAUACAGUAGUGUCAAUUGUAGACAUGAAACUUGGGUUGAAGGAAUGCAAGAAGAAGUGCUUAGCGACUUGCAACUGUACAGCAUACGCGAACGCAAAUAUGGAAAAUGGUGGAUCAGGUUGUGUUAUUUGGGUAGGAGAGCUACUCGAUCUCCGGAAAUACAAGAAUGCUGGUCAAGAUCUUUAUGUUAGACUUAGGAUGGAAGCCAUUGAUAUCGUUUUAGGGGACGAAGGAAAAAAUAAUACAAAAAUAAUAUUUAUUAUUGUCGGAGUUGUCAUUUUGCUUCUUCUAAGUUUUAUUAUAAUGGUCUGCGUUUGGAAAAGAAAAAAGAGACCGCCAACAAAAGCAAUUACCGCACCUAUUGGUACAUUUGUGAUUAUCUUUUUUUUUUUUUCUCUUCAUAUUUGUGUCAGAAUGGAAAUUGUUUUUUUUUUCACUUGAGUAAGUAAUUUUUUACUUCUAAUGACUAUAUCAGGAGAAUUACAUUGUGAGGAAAUGACACUUGAAACAGUUGUAGUGGCGACCCAAGGUUUUUCGGAUUCAAAUAAAAUCGGUCAAGGUGGUUUUGGUAUUGUUUACAAGGGAAGGUUACUUGGCGGACAAGAAAUCGCUGUGAAAAGAUUGUUGAAGAUGUCAACUCAAGGUAUCGAUGAAUUUAAGAAUGAGUUGAGUCUGAACGCCAGUGUCCAACACGUCAACCUCGUCCAGCUCCUGGGAUACUGUUUUGAGGGUGGUGAGAUGAUUUUAAUAUAUGAGUACUUGGAAAACUCUAGCCUCGAUAAGUUUAUAUUCGACAAAAGCCAAAGCUCUAAGCUAACCUGGGAGAAGAGGGUCCAAAUUAUUAAUGGAAUCUCUCGGGGACUUUUAUAUCUUCACCAAGAUUCGCGGCGUCCGAUGGUCCACAGGGACCUAAAACCGAGCAACAUAUUACUUGAUCAAGAUAUGAUUCCGAAGAUAUCAGAUUUUGGGAUGAGUAAACUCUUCGACAAGCGUACGACAGCAGCUAACACAACAAAGAUCGUUGGAACUUUCGGUUAUAUGUCUCCCGAAUACGCGGAGGACGGAACUUAUUCAACAAAGUCAGAUGUUUUCAGCUUUGGAGUCGUGCUUCUUGAGAUUAUAUUUGGAGUAAAAAACAGAGACUUUUAUAUAUACUCGGAGAACGAAGAAAGUCUUCUUACAUAUAUAUGGAGGAAUUGGAAGGAAGGAAAAGGGCUCGACAGCAUAGAUCAAGUUAUCCUUGAUUCAUCAACAUUUCAACCACACCAAGUUAAAAGAUGCAUACAGAUUGGUCUCUUGUGUGUUCAAGAACGUGCAGAGGAUAGACCCACGAUGUUAUUAGUGUCUGUCAUGUUCGCAAGCGACACAAUGGAGAUCGAUCCGCCUGGACCGCCUGGUUAUUUAGUCCGUAGAAGUCAUCUUGAGACUGGUUCCUCGUCACGAAAGAAGCUAAACGAAGAAUCUUGGACUGUGGCCGAAGUAACCUACUCGGCCAUUGAACCUCGGUAAUCAAACGACGUGUUUCGCAAGGAAUUUAAUUAUGGGAGAAGGAUUCUAAAAGUUCAUUUCCAGCCGGUGUGGGAAGUAUCUUGGAACUUGAUAAAAAGAAAACAUAGCAAAGUACUUAAAUUUAUAAUGUUUUCUAAUGUUUUAGUCUGUUUUACUAUAAAGAUCAAUAGCAUGUAAAUCAAUAGCAGAAAAUACAGAAACCUUCUCACGUUA